AUGCACCAUCUACACGUCCAUGCACCAUCUACACGUCCAUGCACCAUCUACACGUCCAUGCACCAUCUACACGUCCAUGCACCAUCCACACGUCCAUGCAUCAUCUACACGUCCAUGCACCAUCUACACGUCCAUGCACCAUCUACACGUCCAUGCACCAUCCACACGUCCAUGCAUCAUCUACACGUCCAUGCACCAUCUACACGUCCAUGCAUCAUCUACACGUCCAUGCACCAUCUACACGUCCAUGCACCAUCUACACGUCCAUGCACCAUCCACACGUCCAUGCACCAUCUACACGUCCAUGCACCAUCUACACGUCCAUGCACCAUCCACACGUCCAUGCAUCAUCUACACGUCCAUGCACCAUCCACACGUCCAUGCAUCAUCUACACGUCCAUGCACCAUCUACACGUCCAUGCAUCAUCUACACGUCCAUGCACCAUCCACACGUCCAUGCAUCAUCUACACGUCCAUGCAUCAUCUACACGUCCAUGCACCAUCUACACGUCCAUGCACCAUCUACAUGUCCAUGCACCAUCUACACGUCCAUGCACCAUCUACACGUCCAUGCACCAUCUACACGUCCAUGCACCAUCUACACGUCCAUGCAUCAUCUACACGCCCAUGCACCAUCUACACGUCCAUGCACCAUCUACACGUCCAUGCACCAUCCACACGUCCAUGCAUCAUCUACACGUCCAUGCACCAUCUACACGUCCAUGCAUCAUCUACACGUCCAUGCACCAUCCACACGUCCAUGCAUCAUCUACACGUCCAUGCAUCAUCUACACGUGCAUGCAUCAUCUACACGUCCAUGCAUCAUCUACACGUCCAUGCAUCAUCUACACGUCCAUGCAUCAUCUACACGUCCAUGCAUCAUCUACACGUCCAUGCAUCAUCUACACGUCCAUGCACCAUCCACACGUCCAUGCAUCAUCUACACGUCCAUGCAUCAUCUACACGUGCAUGCAUCAUCUACACGUCCAUGCAUCAUCUACACGUCCAUGCACCAUCCACGCAUCAUCUACACGUCCAUGCAUCAUCUACACGUGCAUGCAUCAUCUACACGUCCAUGCAUCAUCUACACGUCCAUGCAUCAUCUACAUGUGCAUGCAUCAUCUACACGUCCAUGCAUCAUCUACACGUCCAUGCAUCAUCUACACGUGCAUGCAUCAUCUACACGUCCAUGCAUCAUCUACACGUCCAUGCAUCAUCUACACGUGCAUGCAUCAUCUACACGUCCAUGCAUCAUCUACACGUCCAUGCAUCAUCUACACGUCCAUGCAUCAUCUACACGUCCAUGCACCAUCUACACGUCCAUGCACCAUCUACACGUCCAUGCACCAUCUACACGUCCAUGCAUCAUCUACACGUCCAUGCACCAUCUACACGUCCAUGCAUCAUCUACACGUCCAUGCACCAUCCACACGUCCAUGCAUCAUCUACACGUCCAUGCAUCAUCUACACGUCCAUGCACCAUCCACACGUCCAUGCACCAUCUACACGUCCAUGCACCAUCUACACGUCCCAUGCACCAUCUACAUGUCCAUGCAUCAUCUACACGUCCAUGCACCAUCCACACGUCCAUGCAUCAUCUACACGUGCAUGCAUCAUCUACACGUCCAUGCAUCAUCUACACGUCCAUGCAUCAUCUACACGUCCAUGCAUCAUCUACACGUCCAUGCACCAUCUACACGUCCAUGCACCAUCUACACGUCCAUGCACCAUCUACACGUCCAUGCACCAUCUACACGUCCAUGCAUCAUCUACACGUCCAUGCACCAUCCACACGUCCAUGCACCACCAUCCACACAUCCAUGCACCAUCUACACGUCCAUGCACCAUCUACACGUCCAUGCACCAUCUACAUGUCCAUGCACCAUCUACACGUCCAUGCAUCAUCUACACGUCCAUGCACCAUCUACACAUCCAUGCACCAUCUACACGUCCAUGCACCAUCUACACGUCCAUGCACCAUCUACACGUCCAUGCACCAUCUACACGUCCAUGCACCAUCUACACGUCCAUGCAUCAUCUACACGCCCAUGCACCAUCUACACGUCCAUGCACCAUCUACACGUCCAUGCACCAUCCACACGUCCAUGCAUCAUCUACACGUCCAUGCACCAUCUACACGUCCAUGCAUCAUCUACACGUCCAUGCACCAUCCACACGUCCAUGCAUCAUCUACACGUCCAUGCAUCAUCUACACGUGCAUGCAUCAUCUACACGUCCAUGCAUCAUCUACACGUCCAUGCAUCAUCUACACGUCCAUGCAUCAUCUACACGUCCAUGCACCAUCCACACGUCCAUGCAUCAUCUACACGUCCAUGCAUCAUCUACACGUGCAUGCAUCAUCUACACGUCCAUGCAUCAUCUACACGUCCAUGCACCAUCCACACGUCCAUGCAUCAUCUACACGUCCAUGCAUCAUCUACACGUGCAUGCAUCAUCUACACGUCCAUGCAUCAUCUACACGUCCAUGCAUCAUCUACACGUGCAUGCAUCAUCUACACGUCCAUGCAUCAUCUACACGUCCAUGCAUCAUCUACACGUGCAUGCAUCAUCUACACGUCCAUGCAUCAUCUACACGUCCAUGCAUCAUCUACACGUGCAUGCAUCAUCUACACGUCCAUGCAUCAUCUACACGUCCAUGCAUCAUCUACACGUGCAUGCAUCAUCUACAACGUCCAUGCAGCAUCUACACGUCCAUGCAUCAUCUACACGUCCAUGCAUCAUCUACACGUCCAUGCACCAUCUACACGUCCAUGCACCAUCUACACGUCCAUGCACCAUCUACACGUCCAUGCAUCAUCUACACGUCCAUGCACCAUCUACACGUCCAUGCAUCAUCUACACGUCCAUGCACCAUCCACACGUCCAUGCAUCAUCUACACGUCCAUGCAUCAUCUACACGUCCAUGCACCAUCCACACGUCCAUGCACCAUCUACACGUCCAUGCACCAUCUACACGUCCAUGCACCAUCUACACGUCCAUGCAUCAUCUACACGUCCAUGCACCAUCCACACGUCCAUGCAUCAUCUACACGUGCAUGCAUCAUCUACACGUCCAUGCAUCAUCUACACGUCCAUGCAUCAUCUACACGUCCAUGCAUCAUCUACACGUCCAUGCACCAUCUACACGUCCAUGCACCAUCUACACGUCCAUGCACCAUCUACACGUCCAUGCACCAUCUACACGUCCAUGCAUCAUCUACACGUCCAUGCACCAUCCACACGUCCAUGCACCAUCCACACAUCCAUGCACCAUCUACACGUCCAUGCACCAUCUACACGUCCAUGCACCAUCUACACGUCCAUGCAUCAUCUACACGUCCAUGCACCAUCUACACAUCCAUGCACCAUCCACACAUCCAUCUACACGUCCAUGCAUCAUCCACACGUCCAUGCAUCAUCUACACGUCCAUGCAUCAUCUACACGUCCAUGCACCAUCCACACGUCCAUGCACCAUCUACACGUCCAUGCACCAUCUACACGUCCAUGCACCAUCUACACGUCCAUGCACCAUCUACACGUCCAUGCAUCAUCUACACGUCCAUGCACCAUCCACACGUCCAUGCACCAUCCACACAUCCAUGCACCAUCUACACGUCCAUGCACCAUCUACACGUCCAUGCACCAUCUACACGUCCAUGCACCAUCUACACGUCCAUGCAUCAUCUACACGUCCAUGCACCAUCUACACGUCCAUGCACCAUCCACACAUCCAUCUACACGUCCAUGCAUCCAUGCGUCCAUGCAGCGCCAUCUGA